AUUUUGGUACAUUCAUUAUUCAGCAUGCUUAUCAUGUGCACUAUUUUGACCAACUGUGUAUUUAUGACCAUGAGUAACCCUCCAGACUGGACAAAGAAUGUAGAAUACACAUUCACCGGAAUUUAUACCUUUGAAUCACUUAUUAAAAUUCUUGCAAGGGGCUUCUGUUUAGAAGAUUUUACAUUUCUUCGAGAUCCAUGGAAUUGGCUAGAUUUCACUGUCAUUACAUUUGCAUAUGUGACAGAGUUUGUGGACCUGGGCAAUGUCUCAGCGUUGAGAACAUUCAGAGUUCUCCGAGCUUUGAAAACAAUAUCAGUCAUUCCAGGCUUGAAGACUAUCGUGGGAGCCCUGAUUCAGUCUGUGAAGAAGCUCUCGGAUGUAAUGAUCCUGACUGUGUUUUGUCUGAGUGUAUUUGCACUAAUAGGGCUGCAGCUGUUCAUGGGCAACUUGAGGAACAAAUGCCUGCAGUGGCCUCCAGACAAUUCUACUUUUGAAACAACUGUCAUUUCCUACUUUAAUAGCUCCAUAGGUGAAAAUGGUACAUUUAUUAAUGCAACCAUGACAACAUUUAACUGGGAUGAGUACAUCGAAGACAGAAGUCAUUUCUACUUCUUGGAAGGGCAAAACGAUGCUCUGCUGUGUGGCAAUAGCUCAGAUGCAGGUCAAUGUCCAGAAGGAUAUAUAUGUGUGAAAGCUGGUAGAAACCCCAACUAUGGCUACACAAGUUUUGAUACAUUCAGUUGGGCAUUCUUGUCACUGUUUCGAUUGAUGACUCAGGACUUUUGGGAGAAUCUUUACCAGCUGACACUGCGGGCUGCUGGGAAAACAUACAUGAUAUUUUUUGUUUUGGUAAUUUUCCUGGGCUCUUUCUACCUGAUUAACUUGAUCCUGGCUGUGGUUGCCAUGGCCUAUGAAGAACAGAAUCAAGCAACCAUGGAAGAAGCAGAACAGAAAGAAGCAGAAUUUCAGCAAAUGCUGGAACAACUGAAAAAACAACAGGAAGAAGCUCAGGCAGCAGCAGCAGCUGCAGCAGCUGACUCAAGAGAUUAUAGUGGAGUAGGUGGAAUAGGUGGAUUCUCCGAAAGUUCUUCUGAGGCAUCAAAACUGAGCUCCAAGAGUGCUAAAGAGAGGAGGAAUAGAAGAAAGAAAAAAAAGCAAAAAGAGCAAUCUGAAGGCGAGGAGAAGGAUGGAGAAGAAUUUCACAAAUCUGAAUCAGAGGACAGCAUCAAAAGGAAAGGUUUCCGAUUUUCCAUUGAGGGGAAUAGACUGACAUACGAAAAGAGAUUCUCUUCCCCACACCAGUCUUUGCUGAGCAUUCGCGGCUCCCUGUUUUCCCCAAGGCGCAACAGCAGAACAAGCCUUUUCAGCUUCAGAGGUCGAGCAAAGGAUGUAGGAUCAGAAAAUGACUUUGCCGAUGACGAGCACAGCACUUUUGAAGACAACGAGAGCAGAAGAGAUUCUCUUUUUGUUCCUCAUAGACACGGUGAACGGCGCAACAGUAACAUUAGUCAGGCCAGUAGGUCAUCCAGGACAGUACCUCCACUUCCAGCAAACGGGAAGAUGCACAGCACCGUGGAUUGCAAUGGAGUAGUUUCUCUAGUCGGUGGGCCACCAGCUUUGAUGUCACCUACUGGACAGCUUCUGCCAGAGGUGAUGAUUGAUAAAGCAGCCACUGCUAGCAAUGGCACUACUACAGAAACUGACUUAAGAAAGAGACGAUCUAGUUCUUACCAUGUUCCUAUGGACUACCUAACGGAUCCCAGUGCGCGGCAAAGAGCGAUGAGUAUAGCCAGCAUGCUGACAAACACAAUGGAAGAACUGGAAGAAUCCAGACAGAAAUGCCCCCCGUGCUGGUAUAAAUUUGCUAACACUUGCUUGAUUUGGGACUGCUGUACUCCCUGGCUGAAAAUCAAGCAUAUUGUAAAUCUGAUUGUGAUGGACCCAUUUGUCGAUCUGGCCAUUACUAUCUGCAUUGUCCUAAACACCCUGUUCAUGGCCAUGGAGCACUACCCAAUGACAGAACAGUUUAGCGGUGUGCUUUCAGUAGGAAACCUUGUAUUUACUGGAAUUUUUACAGCAGAAAUGUUUCUCAAGAUAAUUGCCAUGGAUCCUUAUUAUUAUUUCCAAGAGGGAUGGAAUAUUUUUGAUGGUUUUAUUGUAAGUCUUAGUUUAAUGGAGCUUGGCCUUGCAAAUGUAGAAGGAUUAUCAGUGCUUCGAUCAUUCCGAUUG